CUCCAGCUCACAGGUGGCGGUGGAGAGAUGGAACCGCCGUGAUCAGAAGCUUCUGGAGGCAGUGCAGCGGGGGGACGUGGGAUGUGUGGCUGCCCUGGCCUCCAGGAAAUCUGCCCGACCCACCAAGCUAGACUCGAACGGCCAGUCCCCGUAAGUAAGCCUUCUUGAUCCCCACCCUUGGUAUGUGGCUCUCUUUAAAAACCCAAACCCCAGUAUGAUGUAAGACCAGGAAAUGCCUACAAUGUCAGAGCCCUUUUUUGUCUUAAUUAGCAAGUAUAUCAAUAAAUCUUUGCUACAUAUCAAGUGCUGCACAAAGUGGGGGAAGAAGAUGUUGUCCCUGAGGUCCACACACCUCAUGACCCACAUGAACAAAAUUGACCAAAAAAGGACAUAAAGCCCAUGAAACAAAUGGAAAACUGAAACAUACACUAAAUAGAGUAUUUCUUCAUUGUACAAAUAGGAGGGUGUGUAUGCUUGAGAAAUUAGGAGUGCAGUGGUGGCCAUGAGAGUCAUGUGGCUAGAAGGAGUGAUUAGAACAAGAGGGAUAUUAGCCCUUGUCUCUUCCCAAGUCAGCCUGCAAAUGUCCAGCCCUCUGCUCUGGCCCACUCUGUGACACUUCCAGUCUGCUAAGUGUCCUGUGCUGAGUUACAGGUUUCAUCUGGCAGCCUCCAAAGGCCUGACAGAAUGUCUGACUGUACUACUUGCAAAUGGGGCUGACAUCAACAGCAAGAAUGAGGAUGGGAGCACCGCCCUGCACUCGGCCACUAUUUCCUGCCAGCCACAAUGUGUCAAGGUCCUGCUGCAGCAUGGUGCCAAUGAAGAUGCUGUAGAUGUGGAAAAUCGUACUCCAUUGCACUGGGCAGCCUUCUCUGGCUGUGCCUCAAGUGUGCUCCUCCUGUGUGAUCACGAAGCCUUCCUGGAUGUCCUGGAUAAUAUCGGCUCUGAUCCUGGCCUGUGAAAAAGGCAGCACUGAAGUGGCUGAACUGCUCCUGAGCUAUGGAGCAGAUGCAGGGGCGGUGGACAGCACGGGGCAUGAUGCUUUGCAUUAUGCUGUACGCACACAAGACAAGAUGCUGUGGAGGCUGCUGCGGCAGGCCCUGAACCGGCAGGGGCGGGGAGGUCAGGAGUUAGUUCAACACCCAGAUCUUGCAUCCCAGGCCUCCCCAUCUGAGCCUCAGGUGGGUUCUCCACCUAAGAGCCCAUGGAGAGCAGAGCCUGAGGAGGAGCAGGAGGAAGAAGAGGAUGAAGAUCCCUGUUCAGAGGAGUGGAAGUGGAAGUAUGAAGAGGAGCAGAGGAAAGUUUCCCAGUUGGAGCAGGAGCUGCUGCGAAAUACGGAAGAGCGUAAGGCUCAAUCUGCAGCUUAUCUGGGCCUGGAGAGCCAGAUUCAAGAACAGGUUUGGGAGCUGGGGCUCCUCCUAUCACAAGAGCCCGGAACUCCGGGAGACCUGCGCUCUAGUCUCCGGCCUGGAGGAGAUGGCAUGGAGCAGGGUUGUACCCUCGACCUGCUGGCUAAGUGCAUACAAGAGCUAAAGAAGCAGCAACAGUCAGCAGCCGCAGCUGCAGCAAAGCCAGUAUUAGCUUCCAAGAAGGCUGAGGAUUCAGCUGGAGGGGUGAUCCAGUAUGACGCCCAUGGAAGGUCCCAACCAGAAGAACAGGAGCCACCCCACAGCCCAAGGUCUGAGACCAUUGGGAGAUCCACAGGACAGCAAUUGACCGCCAAUGGUGGGCAGGCCCUUGGCCCUGAUCACACUGACCAACUGCAUGCUGGCCAGAAGCCGAGGCCCCAGGCCCCAGGGGCUGAACCAACAGGCACAGUGGCUGAACCACUGCACACAGCAGCCAUGAACCAGCUCCUGCUACAGCUGAGGGAGGAACUGGCUGCGGUGUGGCGAGAAAAGGAUGCAGCCCGGGGGGCUUUAUCAAGACCAGACCUGGAGGGAGCUGUGGGGACGUCCCGGGCUGAGGCUGCAGCAGCAGCCUGGGAGAAGAUGGAGGCCAGGUUGGAGCAGGUGCUGGUGAGGCUGGAUCGGGCAAAAGCAGGAUUACAGAUGAAACCUGAGGCCCCUGCCCAGGAGCCCAGAGAGGGAUCCCCAAAGGCAGGCCUAGGGGCCAUCACCAAAGAGGGUGAAGGGAAGGAGGAAGGGACUCCUGGGGCCUGGGGAGAGCCUCUAGGGAUGCCUGGAGGGGAACAGAUGCCAGGAGGCCGCCUGGCAGAGGGACAGCUGGAGAAGGAGGUGUCAGCACUGAGGCUGAGCGACAGUAACUUGCUGCAGGAGUUGGGGGAGCUGGGCCAGGAGCGGCAGUGGUUGCAGGGGGAGCUGCCGUCCCUGAGCCAGCGGCUACAACGGGAGUGCAUGCCCAAGCCAGAGGCGCAGGUCCAGCUACAGCGGGAGUGCGUGCCCAAGCCAGAGGUGCAGGUCCAGCUACAGCAGUUGCAGUGGAGCAUGGGGCUGCUGACAGAUGAACUGGCCCUGGAGAAGGAGGCCACCGAGAAGUUGCGGAAGCGCCUGGCCUCCCAGAGCAGAGGCCUCCGGGGACUGUGGGACUGCCUGCCCCCAGACUUGGUGGGCAGGGGGAGCGCACGGUGCCCAGCGGCCGAUCGCCUGGAGGAGCUGCAGGCCUGCGUCAGCGCCCUGGUGGCCAGGCACCGCGAGGCCCAGCAGGUGCUGGCUCGGCUAGAAGAGGAAAACCAGCAGCUGCGGGGCUUUCCUGCCCGAUGUGGGGAACCGGGCGCCUCCUCAGAGGCCUCAGCGUCCCCCCAAGUUGAAGCUCUGGAGCAAGACCUGGGGAAGCUGGAGGAAGAGCUGCGGGCGGUUCAGGCCACGAUGAGCGGGAAGAGCCAGGAGAUCAGGAAGCUGAAGCAGCUGCUCUACCAAGCCACGGAGGAAGUGGCUGAGCUGAGGGCCCGGGAGGCGGCCGGUCUGCAGCAGCACGAGCAAACUCGGGGCUCACUGGUGGCCCAGGCCCGGGCUUGGGGCCGGGAGCUAAAGGCCCUGCUGGAAAAGUAUAAUACGGCCUGCAGGGAGAUGGGACGGCUGCGGGAGGCGGUGGCCGAGGAGCGGCGCAGGAGCGGGGACCUGGCCGCGCGUGCGGCGGGGCAGGAGCGCCAGGCCAGCGAGCUGCGCGGGCGGUCCGAGCAGUUGGAGAAAACGGCGGAGCUGCUGAAAGAGAAGGUGGAGCAUCUCAUCGGGGCUGGCCGGGACAAGGAGGCCAAGAUCAAGGAAUUGUUGAAGAAGCUGGAGCAGCUUUCAGAGGAGAUUCUAGUAGUUCGGGGAGAAAAUGCUCACCUUGCCCGACAGCUGCAGGAUUCCCAGAAGAACCACGAAGAGAUCAUCUCCACCUAUAGAAAUCAUCUGCUGAAUGCCGCUCAGAGCUACAUGGAACAGGAUGUGUACAGUAUCCUACUGCGAAUCCUCAGCAUCCAGGAGGAGUGAGGCAUCCUGUGCCCUGAAGAAUAUGGGAUCUCUCUGUUGGAAUAGAGCAUCCCUGGUUGCCAGAGCCUCCAACAGGCUGUGGUGGGUGGUGGGUUGGCCACUACGGCUGUGGUGGGUGGGGCUUCACCUGACGUUAUGGACCCCAGACCUGAGAACCUGAACCCUGGACUCAGCGUGGAUGAGAUCAGAGGAGGUGUGGAUGGAAGCCAGCUCUGUGGAGAAUAAAGCAGGAGGCAGGGUGA